CUCGGUGUGUCCGGUCACCUCCGCGCCGCGAAGAUGGCCCAGAGGCUGGCGCUCCAGCGGCUGCUGGCGCUCCCCACGCGGGGGCCCCUGCCAUCCCACGGCAGGGCCUUUGGCACCUCAGCCGGCCGCAGGAACACUUUCAACGUGCAGGAUGGCAGCGACUUCCAGGACCGGGUGGUGAACAGCCCCAAGCCCGUUGUGGUGGACUUCCAUGCACAGUGGUGUGGUCCCUGCAAGAUCCUCGGGCCCAGGUUAGAGAAGCUGGUGGCCAAGCAGGAGGGGAAGGUGCUGAUGGCCAAGGUGGACAUUGAUGAUCACACAGACCUCGCCAUCGAGUACGAGGUGUCAGCAGUGCCAACUGUGCUGGCUAUGAAGAACGGAGACGUUGUGGAUAAAUUUGUGGGCAUAAAGGACGAGGAUCAGCUGGAGGCGUUCCUCAAGAAACUCAUUGGAGCCUGAAGUAAAAGGGUGGCUGUACCCCUGCCUCUGGACACGUCCAUGUUGUGCAUUCCUUGCCUGGGAGGGCUGUGGGCAGGUCAAUUGCCUGCCCUGUACAACCCGGGGGUUUCUUCUGUUUUGGUGUUUUUAGGAGAUGGAAAAUGUUGUAACCCUUCCCUCCUUCUCCCCCUUCUCAUGAGCAGCAGUAGUUGCAAAGGGCUGCUUAUUCUCAAAACGGGGAAUGUGGCUGGAAUUAGGAGCCUGUGUUUAUCAGCCAAGAGCUGACGUUCAGAGCUGCUGCUGCUGCUGAGUUAAGAGGAGGAAUGUUUUUGUCUUUGCCUCACAUCUGAUAGCCCAGAGCAGAGGGCAGCUGCUCCCUGCAGGAUGAUGGUACAUACCUGCCCUGGGUGGGAUCCUUUAAAGCUGAGAAUGCCUCUGCCUUGUCUGUGAAACCUGUCUUUUUCUUCCUCUGUCCUUGUGUUGAUGGGACAGGUACAACUCCUCCACAAAUCCAUGGGCUCCCACCAUAAUUUAGUAAGAGAAAAUAGAGAGAAGUAUUUUAUAGAUCUCCUUUUGUUUGUCUGCAGCAGUAGAGAACUUUUAUCAGUCACUGCUGUCUAGCCAGGAGAAUAAAACUCAGUUCUCACAAA